GAGACUGUGAGUGUGUUAUCUAGUUUUUCCAUGAUUAUGGCGCUUCAAUUGCAAUGCAACGCAUAUAAUUUGCAUUUCCCUACCCACCCAUCUCUUCCGUCCACUAAAAUCUUCUCUGCAGCGGCGACACCUCUAACAAGUAGUAGAAGAGCUCUGUCGCUCUUUGCAAUCACCGGAAUCGGAUUAUCCAAUUUUGGUAGCAGCAGUUCAAUUUGCAGUUGGUAUGUUUCAGAUUUUGUUGAUCUCCCAAAUUCUGGUGGUGUCAAAGCCUUGGAGCUUCGAAUCGGCGAUGGGGAAACUCCCUUGAACGGCGACAAGGUCAUAAUACACUACUAUGGAAGAUUGGCAGCAAAGCAAGGAUGGCGCUUCGAUUCCACUUAUGAUCAUAAAGAUGCAAAUGGAGAACCGGUUCCUUUUGAGUUUGUUCUUGGUUCAGGAAAAGUCAUAUCUGGAAUUGAAUCAGCUGUGAGAUCAAUGAAAGUAGGUGGCAUUCGCAGAGUUGUUAUCCCUCCAUCUGAAGGAUAUCAAAAUACAUCUCAAGAACCCAUCCCACCUAAUUUUUUUGACAGACAGAGGUUAUUCACUACAAUAUUCAAUCCAACACGUCUAGCCAAUGGAGAAGGCUCAACCUUAGGGAUAAUCAUCUUCGAUAUUGAGCUGCUCAGCCUCAGGCGUCACUGAGUUUCCAACUUUUCUGCAAUCUUUUUCAUCCCUAAGCAAUUAUAUUGUGGGCACAAAUUUACAUCACUUGUUUUCUUAACAAUGAUAAUUGUUAUUGAAUACUGUAUAAUAUGUUACUUGUAUAUUCUUUUGGACAUAUUAAAGCACAAACUCUGGACACGGCUAGCUGAAGAAUUGCUAGCUUCUUAUACAUAUCUUUCGUUGGAGCAGAUGUGCGCAAUCAUGCAAUGCAAUCCAUCUGUGCUCGGAGUAGUCAAACAAGAUAGAGACUGUGUUUAGAUUUUCUUAGCCAGUCAUAAAAUCAACCAGUAAUGUGAAAACAGUGUUUUCUGUGGUACAUUUACUUCAGCAUACAAGGAAUUUGACUAUUAGAUGGAAAAUCUAAUCCGGGUUUCUAAGAGUGUUUGGCUUGUAUUUUCAUCUUUAAAGAUUACUGUGGGUUUGUUUACACAUAUUUUAUUAACUGUAAAGAGGAAAAUAGUUGUGAAAAAAAUUUCACUUUUUGGUCCA